GAGAACUCUGUCCAAACUUCAAAGCUUCCAAUCAUCAUCAAGUUUAAAUUUAAAUAAUAACGAUAGAAAAGCAUACGUUGCAGCCUUCGUUUCUCUCUCUCUCUCUCUCUCUCUCUAUCUAUCUCCAGCUAUGCGCCAAUUUUGUUUGGGUUAUUGGAUUUCGCCUGGUGGUUUCAAUUCAACCGACUCCGAGUCAUCGAACCCCAUGGGUCUUGCAUCGCAUGGGGUUAUAUGGCUGAGAUUGAUUGGGUCCUUCAGCUGACCCCAAUUUUGAAAUUAUCUAAAUCUCCAUAUGGGUUCUCGAGAUAUGUAAUAAUUGUAGAUGCGGAUGGGACUACGUUGAUUGUUUGUUGUUGUAUACCACCGUUGUGGAGUAGUAUUUUAUGUAUUCUAAAAUUUUUAGAUUUCUUUCUUGGAAGGUUCUUCAGAUUAUGGUUUUAAGUUGAAGGGAGAAUUGGGUUGUGGAGGAUUCUAUGGAAAUGAUCAUGGUUUUGGAUUUCUGGUGGUGAAACUGGGUGGAAUCAAUUUGGAGGUUUGAAUGGCUAGUGGAGUGGAAAUGGAAGAAGAUGGAACGGAAAACAAAGGGAGCAUGUGGGUUUUGGAACAGAAGCUUGACCAGCCCAUGGAUGAAGAGGCUGGAAGACUCAAGAAUAUGUAUAGAGAAAAGAAAUUCUCGGCACUAUUGCUUCUUAGACUUUCAUUUCAGAGUCUCGGUGUGGUCUAUGGAGAUUUGGGAACAUCUCCCUUGUAUGUGUUCUACAACACUUUCCCUCAUGGAAUCAGUGAUCCAGAGGACAUCAUUGGAGCCCUGUCGUUGAUUAUAUACUCCCUCACUCUUAUACCACUGCUCAAAUAUGUUUUUAUAGUGUGCAAGGCGAAUGACAACGGUCAAGGUGGAACUUUUGCCCUGUAUUCACUACUGUGUCGACAUGCAAAAAUUAAAACACUCCCUAACCAACACCGGACAGACGAGGAGCUGACAACUUAUAGCCGCAGAAAGUUCCAUGAGCUUUCCUUUGCUGCAAAAACGAAGAGAUGGUUGGAGAAAUUUGCAUCUAGAAAGAAUGCACUUCUUAUACUUGUCCUUGUUGGCACUUGCAUGCUGAUUGGGGAUGGAAUUCUCACUCCCGCCAUAUCAGUUCUUUCGGCUGCUGGAGGAAUCAAGGUCGACCACCCCAAAAUGAGUAAUGAUAUAGUUGUGGUUGUGGCUGUCGUCAUCUUGAUUGGUGUGUUUAGCAUGCAACACUACGGCACUGAUAAAGUAGGGUGGCUUUUUGCACCAAUUGUGCUGCUUUGGUUUCUCUUAAUUGGAGGUAUCGGCAUAUUCAACGUCUGGAAAUAUGACAGCAGUGUACUCAAAGCUUUUUCACCAGUGUACAUAUAUCGGUACUUGAGAAGGGGAGGGAAAGGUGGUUGGAUCUCCCUUGGGGGGAUUAUGCUUAGUAUCACAGGGACGGAAGCACUUUUCGCUGACCUAGCCCAUUUUCCAGUUUCUGCUAUUCGACUUGCUUUCACAGUUGUUGUGUUUCCUUGCCUUCUGUCAGCCUAUUCUGGACAAGCUGCUUACCUCAUGAAAAACCAGGACCAUGUGAUUGAUGCAUUCUACCGUUCUAUUCCAGAUGCUAUUUACUGGCCAGUUUUCGUUGUUGCAACACUAGCUGCUAUUGUUGCAAGUCAAGCCACCAUAUCUGCGACCUUUUCCAUAAUUAAGCAGGCACUUGCACUUGGAUGUUUCCCUAGAGUCAAGGUUGUGCACACAUCAAAGAAAUUCCUUGGGCAGAUAUAUAGUCCAGAUAUUAAUUGGAUCCUCAUGAUUCUAUGCAUUGCUGUGACUGCCGGAUUCAAAAAUCAAAGCCAAAUUGGGAAUGCUUAUGGCGCUUUAGGAACAUGGCUCAGACCUGUGUGUCUUGUGUCUGGAGUCUGGACAGUGGGCACAUUCAGCAUUCUUGAGUUUUGUAUUUUGUACGGCUGUCGUGAUAGUGAUGCUCGUGACUACACUGCUCAUGACUCUAGUCAUGUUGCUGGUAUGGCACUGCCACUGGAUCAUAGUCCUCAUCUUCACCACCUUUUCUCUCUUGGUUGAGUGCACCUAUUUCUCUGCUGUGCUCUUCAAGAUCAACCAGGGUGGUUGGGUCCCGCUCGUGAUUGCCGCCGCCUGUCUUGUCAUCAUGUACGUCUGGCACUACGGCACUGUCAAGCGCUAUGAAUUCGAGAUGCACAGCAAGGUCUCUAUGGCUUGGAUCCUUGGGCUGGGCCCCAGUCUGGGCCUGGUCCGUGUCCCGGGUGUCGGCCUCAUCUACACCGAGCUGGCAAGUGGGGUCCCACACAUUUUCUCCCACUUCAUCACCAACCUCCCGGCCAUCCACUCUGUUGUUGUAUUUGUGUGUGUGAAGUACCUUCCGGUGUACACGGUCCCAGAAGACGAGCGAUUCCUCGUAAAGCGGAUCGGGCCUAAAAAUUUCCACAUGUUCCGGUGCGUCGCGAGAUACGGUUAUAAGGACCUCCACAAGAAAGAUGACGAGUUUGAGAAGAAGCUAUUCGAUAACCUCUUUGUGUACAUCCGGCUCGAGUCAAUGAUGGAAGAGUGUUCUGACUCCGACGAGUACAGCUUGUGUGGGGGCCACCAAAAAACCGAGCAGUCAACAGACUUGCUGUUAAGGGAAAAUAAUGCCAACUCAGUGGACCCCACAGCUUCGUCGGUGGAGUCGAUCAUACAGGUAAUUUCUCCGAAUCAUAGUACUGUCAUGUCCUCGGAUCAGAUAAGUAGCCAAACAGAGAUCGAUGAGCAGGAGUUCUUGACCAAGUGUAUGGAUGCUGGGGUGGUGCAUAUACUUGGGAAUACAGUGGUGAGAGCAAGGAGAGGCUCUAAUAUCUGCAAGAGAGUGGCUAUUAAUUAUAUAUAUGCGUUUCUAAGGAAGAUAUGCAGGGAGAACAGUGUGAUCUUUAAUCUCCCUCAUGAAAGUCUCUUGAACGUGGGUCAGAUAUUCUCUGUUUGAAAUUGCUUGUAAAUGUGAUCAAUAAGAAUGAAAUCAUGCUGCAAUUUCAUUUGCGCAUAUGAACAUACAAUUUUUAAGUGGGUAACAAGAAUAAGUUUGUCAACCAAA